AUGGCUUCUACCGGUGCUUUCUGGCUGCUGUUGGUCACUUGCCUCUUGAUAUCAAGAUGUAAUACUCAAGAAGACUCAUCCAAAGAAGUAGAAUGCAAAAUGAAGAGUAUUACUGUAUCUGCUCUUCCAUUCCUUCGUGAGAAUGACCUAAGCAUCAUGCACAGUCCUUCUGCUUCUGAACCCAAGCUGCUGUUCUCUGUCCGGAAUGACUUCCCAGGAGAGAUUGCAGUGGCUGAUGACCUGGAGAAUACAGAGCUGCCUUACUUUGUGUUAGAAAUUGCCGGUAACACUGAUGAUAUACCACUGGUCCGCUGGAGACAGCAAUGGUUAGAAAAUGGGACUCUCCUUUUUCAUAUACAUCACCAGGAUGGGUCCUCCAGUUUACCAGGACAGGAAUCUACUGUGGAACCACAAGGGGAAGCAGCUGACGAGGAACUGAGGAUUUUGCACAUCUCAGUAAUGGGUGGAAUGAUUGCCCUGUUGCUUUGUAUCCUGUGCUUGCUACUCAUCCUAUACACAAGACGCCGCUGGUGCAAGAGGAGAAGGGCUCCACAACCCCAGAAAAGUGCAAGUGCAGAGGCAGCCAAUGAGAUCCAUUACAUUCCAUCUGUACUAAUUGGAGGUGGACAUGGAAGAGAGAGUCUACGUAAUGCACGGGGUCAAACCUCACAUCCUGGUGGCACCUUAAGUAUCCGUGAGACACCAAUUCUAGAUGGCUAUGAAUAUGAUGUCACUGAACUUCGUCACCACCUUCAGCGGGAGUGCAUGAAUGGUGGGGAAGACUUUAGUAGCCAAGUUACCCGCACCCUGGACUCCCUUCAGGGAUGCAAUGAGAAGAGCUCCAUAGAUCUCACUCCAGUGUUUGCUUUGAACUCAUCUUCCUCAGGAAGCGACAAUGCCAAAAUGUCCCUUAUGAGCAAGUAUAAAGACAGUAUCAUAGCCACCAGUACAAUGAAUUCCAACCACCAGCCUACAACACUAUUGUCACACGGUGCUGUAAGCAGCCAACACAAGCGUAUCAACAGCAAGUCUCGAGCUGGAUCAGCUUUUUUAAACCCAGAAGAAGAAUGCGGAACAGAGAUGGACAAUGAACCCCAGUUAACAUUCUACACAGACCCUUCACGCAGCAGAAGACGGAGCAGAGUGGGCUCCCCUCGCAGUCCUGUAAACAAGAUGACAUUGACGCUCAUUAGCGUGACCAGCUGUGUCAUUAGUUUGGUGUGUUCCUCCCAUAUCAGCUGCCCUCUCAUAGUGAAGAUAACUCUCCAUGUUCCAGAACAUCUCAUUGCUGAUGGAAGCCGCUUUAUCCUACUUGAGGGAAGCCAGCUUGAUGCAAGUGAUUGGUUAAAUCCUGCCCAGGUGGUUCUGUUCUCUCAGAUGAAUUCAAGUGGUCCUUGGGCUUUGGAUCUAUGCGCCCGAAGAAUUCUCGAUCCCUGUGAACAUCUGUGUGACCCUGAAACAGGGGACUGCUUGUGUCAUGAAGGUUAUAUGAAAGAUCCUGUGCAUAAACAUCUUUGUAUCCGUAACGAGUGGGGCACCAACCAGGGACCGUGGCCAUAUACUAUGUUCCAGAGAGGGUUUGAUCUAGUUCUUGGGGAGCAACCUUCAGACAAGAUCUUCAGAUUUACCUAUACUCUUGGAGAAGGUAUGUGGCUUCCACUAAGUAAGAGCUUCGUCAUCCCUCCUGCAGAACUCGCUAUUAAUCCAUCAGCCAAAUGCAAGACGGACAUGACUGUCAUGGAAGAUGCUGUAGAAGUGAGGGAAGAGCUGAUGACCUCCUCCUCAUUUGAUAACCUUGAAAUAUUGCUUGAUUCCUUUGGGCCAGUCCGGGAUUGCUCCAAGGACAAUGGAGGUUGCAGUAAGAACUUCCGCUGCAUCUCUGACCGAAAGUUGGACUCCAGUGGUUGUGUGUGCCCGGCAGGACUUAGUCCCAUGAAGGACCUCUCUGGUUGCUAUGAUAGGCAGAUUGGAAUAGACUGUUCAGAUGGUUUUAACGGAGGGUGUGAACAGCUCUGCCUCCAAAAAGAAGUGCCUUUAUCUGAAGAUUCUGACCUUUACAACAUUUUUAUGUUCUGUGGCUGCAUUGAGGACUACAAGCUGGGUCCAGAUGGGCUUUCAUGUCACCUCGUUACAGAAUCUUGUCCUGGGGGAUCACACUGUGGAGAGAGUCAGGAGCUGCCCAUGAACCAGACACUUUUUGGGGAGCUCUUUUAUGGUUACAACAAUCAAACCAAGGAACUAGCUCCCGGACAAUUGCUGAAAGGAACGUUCAGGCUCAAUAACUUUGCUCGUGGCUUGGAACAUCAGCUUCCGGAUGGGCUGUUGGUAGCGACAAUUCCCUCAGAAACUCAGUGUCACGAAGAAAUAUCUGAAGCUGUUCCUGACCCAGAUUUCCUAACAGGAAUGGUAAAUUAUAGUGAAGUUUCUGGCUACCCUUUAAUUCAGCACUGGACUGUACGAUCGGUUAUGUAUCAUGUCAGACUUAAUCAACCGUCCAUCUCUCAAGCUUUCACUCAGACUCUUCAUUCCCUGGAUGGAGCCUCGUCACGGCUGGAGUUUAUGUCACUUUUAGAUCAGUUCGGAAACCAUUACAUUCAGGAGGCAGUGUAUGGCUUCCAGGAAUUCUGCUCCAUCUGGUAUCCCAACCGCCAAGUACAGCGACAGCUGUGGCUCGAAUUUGAGGAUAUCAGCAAAGGUAAUUCCCCAUCUGAUGAAUCGGAUGAGAGGGAAAGAGAUCCCAAGGUAUUGACAUUCCCUGAGUACAUUACUAGUCUUUUGGACUCUGGCACAAGGCGAUUGGCACAAGGAGUACGUAUGGAGUGCCAGAGCCGAGGACGAUGCUCUUCGUACUGUCAGCUUUGCCAUGUAACAUCCAGCCCAGAUGCACCACCAGAGCCUGUACUUUUGGAAGUUACCAAAGCAAUUCCUAUCUAUGAACUGGUUACCAACAACAAUGUCACUCAGCAGCUAUUGCAGGAAGCUGUGCUGAGUUCACUUUGGUGCUCUGGGCAUGGGGAUGUAAUUGAGGACUGGUGCCGUUGUGAUUCUUCAGCUUUCGGUUCAGAUGGACUUCCCAACUGUGCUCCUCUUCCACAACCUGUGCUGCGUCUGUCUACGCUGCAGGAGCCCAGCAGUUCUCUUAUGGUACUGGACUGGCAACACACAGAGUCUUCAAUUGGCGCACGUAUUGUAGAUUAUCUCAUCAGCCAGGAGAAGGUCACAGAUAGGGUGGAUCAUUCUAAAGUGGAAGCAGAAACAGUGCUGAGUUUUGUGGAAGACAUAAUUUCAGGUGCAAAGUCUCCAUGUGCAAUGCCAGCCCAGGUACCUGACAAGCAUUCUUCAACUAUAUCCCUCAUAAUCCGCUGCCUAGACCCUGAUACCACCUACACAUUUACUCUAUGGGGAGUGGAUAAUACCGGGAGACGUUCAGAGUCAAGCCAUGUGACAGUAAGAACUCCAUGUCCAGAGGUGGAUGAUGUUAAAUCCCAAGAGGUAGCUGAAAAGAUCUACAACCUCUUUAAUGGGUACACAAGUGGUAAGGAGCAGCAAACAGCGUAUAACACCUUGUUAGAACUGGGUUCUCCUAGUCUACACCGUGUACGUUACCACUACAAUCUGCACUACCAGAGCUUCGGAGAAUUCACCUGGCGCUGCGAGGAUGAGCUGGGGCCCAGGAAAGCUGGUUUGAUUCUAUCCCAAUUGGAUCUGCUGAGUCCUCGAUGUAGCCACCUCCUUGCUGAACCUCGGAUCAGCCUCCGUCGUUCCUCCUUGCGCUACCUAGCUUGUCGUUACAGCGAGGUGAGACAGCAUACAUUGAACUGGGCUGAACUGAGUCGAGACCUCCGUAAGAACUGUGAGGAGCAGAUCCUUAUUGUACUUAGCAAUGACUAUGGAGACAGCAAAGAGAACUGA